GAAAUAGUUGGAAGCAAAACUGAUUCAUUAGAUUGAAUCUGUGAAUUCCCUUCCUCUCCGUACGUCAUCUCCCCCACAGGCGGAAUUUGUUCGCCGGGCACACGCGAGGGCACCACUCCACGUCAAGGCAACCUGCUAAUGGAGGAGGCUGAUCGUCCUAGAAUAGUCCUAGCUGGCGACGCUUUUGAAGUGUAUCCUCAUAUCUCAUCUCGUAGACCAUCAACAGUGCAAGGUGCACUGUUGCGUAUGUUCUAUCCUGGUGCUAUUGGUCUCCCAGAAUUCAGGACACCUGCACUUACUUGGAGGGACUACAAGAGGUCUACAAAUGAAAGAAUAAUGUCACCAGCUGACCGAGUUCUUAAAGAAUUUUGGUAUUGUUUUAAAUGUGAUCCCACUGACAAAGUGGAAGCUGAUAAAGUCUUGGAGCAAAAUUUCAAGAAGAAAGUGCCACAAAUGUUGUUUGAAGAGAAGAAAAGAGCUACUAAUAAGUUAUAUAAAAAAGGCAAAGUACCAGCAGAGGAUGUUGAUGAGGAUGAUAACCAUUGGCCUACUGUGCAAGCUUUGGUUUCUGCUAAACCAAAGGAUUUUUCAGUUACUGAAGAGGGUUGGCGUUUACUUUGUGAGCACUGGAGUACACCUAAAUUUAGGAAGAAAUCUUUAAAUGGGAAGAGAAACAGGUUAGCUGGAGGUGAUACUGGAUACCAAUGCUUGGUUGCCAUGAAGCAGUUCCUGCAACAUAAAAAAGGUGGGCAACAAGGACUUGCUGCUGCUUGGCAGCACACACACGAGAUGCAACAAGGAAAUAAUGAACAGCUAUGCAACCAGAGGACAGAAGAAGCUUGGAGUGAUUUUGAUCAAGAGGGAGGAAAUGAGAUUGAUGAUGAUGAGGGCAAUGAUUUUGAUCUUGAGGAAGGAAAUGAGAUUCCUGAAGAAGAUGGCAAUAGAAGACGGACCACCCUUGUAGCUUAGAGAUUUUUCCUCUCAAUCUAUCUUAUUUUAAAUGUUACAGACUUGUUUCAAUUAAAGUCUUUCAUGCAAGACAUGUCAUGUAUUACUUAGUUUUGCUAUGGUGAUGGAUGAUAAAUAUUUUAGAACAAUUUGGUUAUAUAUCUAUGGUUGAACUUCCCGUGGA